AUGCCUUGGAUACGGAGGAUUGCCGAUGUCACGUGGAAGGAAAUUCCAUGUCGAAGUCUGGGCAGCACAGAUCACAGCGGCUGGGUGCACGUAUCGAUGGCUCCUCAUCGAGUUUUCAGUCACCACUGGACGAAGCGAUACAUCGUUCUGAAGGAAAGAUGUGUAUACAUUUAUACAUCCCCAGAGGAUUCGAAAGCUCUGAACGUCGUUAGCUUGACUGGACUUACGGUGAGCCCGUCAGGACCGGAUUUUAUUACAACAAAGCCAAACGUGUUCGUUGUCAAAGGAGUUGCCUGCCAAAUAUAUUUCAGCUGUGAACAUGCCCAAGAUAUGAUCACGUGGCUGAAUAAGAUGGGUUUAGCGGCAAUUGGUUAUGAGGCGCAAACGACAAGUUCUAAAUUGUGA